AAUGAUCUUCAUAUAAAAAAAAAUUUAAAUUAAUAAAAAGAUAUACUAGAACCUUAUAUCUAGUAUUCCGUGUAUUGUAGGUUAAUCACACAAGGUAGUCGGUUUUUCAUGAGUCGUCGUCCCCUUUCUUUCUCAAGGAGAAAAUAUUGUUAAUAUGCGAUAUUAACAAGCCGCGUUAAUAUGAGGUUAAAACGGUCAUUUCCAGUCUUUCAGUUUGGGUACAGUUGGAAUGUAAUGUAACUCACGUUAACUCACGUUAACUCCAGACAUAACGAGUUUCUUUUGUUUAAAAUGACGAGUCCGUUUUGUCCGCCAUCUCCCCGUUCGAAUUUGAACAUUAAGUGAAUCCUGGGAGUUAGAGGUGGAGACCUGGACUUGAAUUCCGAAAUUGUUUGUGGAGAAUUUCCUGGCGAUUUCAACCAGUCGGUGUUCGAUUGCGGUGGUGAAUUGUGAAUUGAACUUCUUUCACGGGGUGAAGAUUGGUUGAAUUGAUGGUUACUGGUUGAAGUCAAGCUCCCAGCAUUACUGCUUAUUUCUGUUCUGUUGCUAGUAAUUGUAAUCAAUGGGAAGCAGUAGCAGGAAGUGUAAAGUCAACAUCAAUCGAACUGAGUCUGAGGAGUUAAUUGGACCUCACAUCAAGAAGCUAUCUCCUGCUAUAUUUAAGGAUGAUUCCUUAACUGUUGGAGGGGAAGUCAAAAGCAAAGGUGAAGUGUUGUUGCAGCAUUUACAGAAUAGAUGUAGGCCGGCUAAUACGAGUUGUCGGAUCGAGUCGUUUGGUAUAAUAUGCAAUAGUUUUGACGAUAGACGUAAGCGGUGGGUGAGGGAGAUGGGCUUUGGUGGGUUGUUAGAAAUUGGAGGUAAUAUGAACCUUCCAAGACAGUUGGCUUACUGGUUGAUGACUCGUGUAGAUCCCUUCAAUUGUACUCUUACUGCCCAAGAUGGCAGAGUGUACAGGCUUUCUCAAAACCAGGUUCAUUGGGUCCUUGGUAUUCCUAAUGGAGGGUUACCUGUUCCCACAUACCAAACAAUAGACAAUGUUGCACUUCAAAAGGUGAAUAGGAUUAUGGAUAGAUAUGGUAAAAUAUGGAGUAGUAAGUGCAGUAGAACUGGUCGUGAGUAUAUAUUUGAGGGUAUUCAAGUGAAUGCUGAUCUGAUUGCUAGUGUGGAGGGGGAAUGGGAGGAAGAUCAGGCUGAGGAGUUCAAGACUGUUUUCUUGUUGUUGUCUCUGGAAAUGUUGUUAUGCCCUAAUAAAUCUUCAAGAUUGGCCUCUGAUCUUGUACCUUUACUAACAUGUGCUGCAAGAGCUGCUGACUAUGACUGGUGCAGCCUAGUUUUACAAAAACUCAUGUGCAGUGUGGCGAUGUUUGCACGCCGUUUUUAUUCUGUUAGAUUUGCAAGUGGCUGUGCCGGUUGCCUCAUAUUCAUGGUGGUUUUGUAUUUGGAUCGUCUUAAUAGACAUCCUGUUCAUUGGGGCUAUUUCCCUAGGUUGGAGGUGUGGAACAUGGAAGAGAUUCGGUUGGCUAUAAGUGAAGAUCGUAUCCCGAAUGGGGGUGACUUUGGGCAGCUUGGGACUUUGGAUGUGGCUUAUGGUGAAACUCAUCCAACUGAAGCUAGGGUUUCGAAUGGACCUGGGGGGUCAACUGAGAGAAGCUGUUGUGUCAGUGUCUGUUUUAGGAGUAAGACAACACGAAUGCGGAAACCAAAACUUAAGAAAGUUUACGGUAAACCAACUGCUGAUAUGAGUGGGAAGGUACACUGUGCUGAUAAAAAGGCAAUUAUUGUAUCUGGUAACAACAAUAUAGGUGCAUUUUCAAAUUUUGACAUGAUACGAUUGCGCAUGGAUGUCAUGAAAAGUUAUAUGAUGUUGUUGUGUAAUUGUUAAUAAUUUUAUGCUCUUUUGCAAUUUAUAAGGAGACUGAAGUGUUGGUUGGUAAUAGGUGCUUAUCGGAAGAUGCUUUCAACACACUGCUACGAUUAACAUUAUUGGUCGGUAGGUGGAAUCAUGGUAGGCAAUUUCCUACUGCACCAGGUCCUUGCUUCUGGUCGUCAUUGUUGGGAGAGUUCGUGUUGUUUCCUGGCACAAUUGGGGCAGAUCCCAUGUCUAGAGAGUGCGUAGACUGCUUUGUGGCUAGUCCAUGUUGUGCUUACAUGGCUAUUGUAUCGGAGGUGAAUGUUACUGCAUUUAUGCUCUUUAUUUUCUAAGUGAUAAAAUAUUAAAUUUUGUUUACAAAGUACGUGUACGUGAAUCGGUUGAAGGAGCUACAGGUCCCGGCUAUCCAGCUUCUUUUUCCGUUUGUGUAUUUGUAAAAUACGGUAAUGUACAAGAUAUGACUCUGAUAUACACAAACUCACUGACUUCCUCAUCAACUUUACACAAGGUGAACAAGCGGGUAGCAAAUGUGGAACAAUUUUAACAAGCAAUACGCAGUAUAAUGAAUGGGGCUUCCGUUGCCAACAACAUCAGGAAUGUGAUCAUCACGAAGGACUUCCGAUGCCUGGCAAGUUGUUCAUCUCAUCUCAACGCACAUCAGAUAUGAUUAAUUCAUACUAGUGACACAUUUGUUAGAAAUAAUGAAGUAAUUCGUAGAUGUAUAAAAUUUCAAUAUCGAAUUCUUAGGUGUACAAUAAUUGGCAAUUUUGGCCCUUUGGGCCUUGAGGCCCAUGAGUGUUAGUAGAUAAUGGCCCUUGUGUGUGUGUCGAAUUGAAAUGAAUGUCUAAUAUUUUCAGUUAAUACGAAA